UACAUUUUUAUUUAGGGAACAGACUCGUUUCGUCGCCAUAAGCAACUCAUAACAGACACGUUGUUUACUCCCCCGCCCUUCAUUUAAACGAGGUUCACUACAUUUUUCAACAGUCAAGCAGCCAAGACAGCAGCCAUGACAAGAUAUGAGAGAUUCGUUGUGUUCAUGAUCAUAUUUUCUUUAGCAGGAGAACUGCAGUUGGGUUUAUCCCAUGACAGCAUUCAGCAUAUAAUUACCUACAGAUUCUUUAAUCAGCUUAAAUCUGGGAUACCCAAGUCUUGCAGAGGAAAGGCGUUCUAUACUUACGAUAGCUUUAUCAAUGCAACUAAAGCAAAGGGUUUUGCAGGUUUUGGCACCACCGGAACUCUUGUGGUUCGCAAAAGAGAGCUGGCCGCUUUCUUUGCGCAUGUGGCUCACGAGACUGAAAAUUUGUGCUACGUGGAAGAAAUAUACAGAGGGAUUUACUGUGAGCCUUCUAAAGGAUGGCCGUGUAAGAAUGGUAACCGUUACUUCGGUCGGGGUCCUCUGCAGUUAACCUGGAAUUCCAACUAUGGGGCAGCAGGAAAAUACUUGGGACUGCCCCUGCUGAAUGACCCAGGGCUGGUGGCCCAGAAACCAGACAUUGCUUUCAAGACGUCAAUAUGGUAUUGGAUGGUGAAGAGCAAAUGCCACAGUGCCAUGACUUCCUUGAGAGGAGAGGGCUUUGCAGGGACUAUCAGAGCCAUCAAUGGUGGAGAAUGUAAGGGAGGGCUACCCGGUGCGGUGCAAGAUAGGGUCAAUUUGUAUAGGAAGGUGUGUCUCUUGCUGGGAGUUAGCACUGGCCCUAAUCUCUAUUGUUAGAAUUCCUUUCACUGUUGACUCUUGGCUUAAUGAUGAAACUCCAAACCUAUAUUUGUUGACAUGGGAAGCAAAAUGUUAAUGUGCUUCUAGAUCUUAUUAUGUUCGAUGGCACGUUAAGCGUGGCGUUGAAUGAUCAGUGUCUGUAUCUUGAACAAAAAUCUAGAGAGCUUAAUAAA